AUGAAGGACGACCUCAUGGCACAGUCGGAGCCGAUGCUCCCAGGCGCAGGUGGCCCGGCUCGAACGUACUUUACGGGAUCUGCGGCGCUCGACGAGGCCCUCACUGGCAUACUCAAAUUCUUCUACCCCUGUGUUAGCGGUGAGAUGCCUGCGCUGUCGCUGUUCACGGCAUACAUGGCCGGCCAGGUGUUGCCGAUACACACGGCACUGCUACUCGAAAGCUUACGAGCUGGCCAUCGUGGUACGAUGCUCGCUUUUAACAGUCCCGUCAUCUGGGGAAUGACAUACCAAAGCAUUCCCUUUGGCAUCAUCCUUCCUCUCUACGCGAUAGCGUACAUCUGGCUCUCGCCCCUCGCGAAGCCCACGGAGACCGGGACGUCGCGCGCUGCAAACCAGCUGCCCACAGACCUAGCGCGCCUGCAGACCACUGCGAGCGCCAUGCUCCUCGGCUUCGCUCUGCCGUCUGUCCUGCCAGCACUGCCAUCGCCCUCAAUCAUAUCGCGCGAUAGCCAGCAGAUCUUCCUCGCCCUGUGGCAGGUCUUCCCCAUCUGGGUGUCCCUAUCACAUUGGUUCCUCGCGGCAGCAGCCCGGACGUUCGGCUUCGUGGCUGGUCCGAUGCAUGUCUCGCCAACGGCAUCGCUGCAAUCUUUGCGUCACGUUUACAGGACGACGCUCAAGUAUACGUCUCUUGUGCACUUUGGAGUUCUUGCGCUGGCGACAUUUCCCCAACUGAGACCUGUGGUCUAUGGAGGCCUGCUCCAGCAGCGGGUCAGUCUCUGGGACAUAUUUGUCCCUCCAUCCGCGCUCUCGCGCAAGCAGAUCAAGACGAUGGCGGAAGGGAGCUUGACACUGCUGCAGUACGACCUAUACUGUGCUUGCGCAGCUAUGGCCAUUUUGGUGUCCUACCUGGCUUACACCGCUGGCGGUCUGAACAGGGCUGCUGGUCUGAGCACGGUCAGGGGGCUUCUGCGCCGCAGUGUGGUUGUCGGGCCUGGGGGAGCGGUGCUGUGGGCGCUCUGGGAUCGGGACGAAGAGGUGCUGGCUGGCGGGAAAUGA